UAGCAGUUUUAUUUCUUCGUAAAUAAUAUUUAGGCUUACUCGAAGAGGGAGAGUUUUAGUGAGUUUAACCUGCAGCAUUUAAAGAUAUCUGACGAGCUGUAUGAGUAUUUGUCAGAAAAAUCCGCCAACUUUUAUGUUAAAUUGAUAAAAUGGAGGACGUUUCCCCGUCACCUUUGGUCAAGCAGGAAAACAGAGGAGGCAGUCCUCUACACACAAUGCCUGACAGGGAGGCUGGGAUUCCCCGCAAUGAGGAUCACUCCCCCUCUUCUCAGCUUCCUGUGGUCAGCCCCCCCACCCAAGAGGACCUGUGGCAUCUACCUGGGCGGCUGCGAAUUAACCCGUCUUUGUGGGAUAAGGAUGAUGUUGCACACUGGCUCCAUUGGGCUCAGAAGGAGUAUUCCCUGCGUCGGCCUGAGAAGGGACGCUUUGAGAUGAACGGCCGAGCCCUCUGUCUUCUCACCAAGGAAGACUUCAGACGACGCUGCCCAAGCUCAGGUGAUGUGCUAUAUGAGAUCCUGCAGUGUGUGAAACAGCAGAGGAGGAGUGUGGUCUGUAAUCCUCCAAAUCCUUCACCCCCUGGUCCCAGCAUUAUUGCCGUUUCCGGCCGCUUCCUAAACCCUCUCACCCCACAGAACCAAAAUCACAAAGUCCAGGAACCCCUGCCUCCCACUGUCAAUGGGAGCCAAGUUUCGGUCACCUUCACCAGCACAGCGUCUGUAGCUCCUGUAACCAGUGUGGCCAUCCAGCCACAAACCAUGUCACCUCUCAGAGAUCACCCCACUCCUUUUGACACACACUCUGCCUUACACACACACAGAACUGUCUCUACAUUAUCUCAAAACCAAAUACACAAUCCUCCCAAAGACCACAGCAUAAGUCAGGAACCUCUCAACUUGUCCAGUCGAGAGAAGGCAAGGGCCCCGCUGUGUGAAGCCAACGGCCGCAUCCCAGAUUGUCGGCUGCUGUGGGACUACGUGUACCAGCUGCUCUGCGAUGAGCGUUAUCAAGACUACAUUCGAUGGGAAGAUCAGGACAGCCAGGUGUUCAGAGUGGUCGAUCCCAACGGACUGGCACGUCUCUGGGGCAACCACAAGAACCGUGACAACAUGACCUAUGAAAAGAUGUCCCGUGCUUUGCGGCACUACUACAAACUCAACAUCAUCAAAAAGGAGCGAGGACAGAAACUGCUCUUCAGAUUUCUGAAGACCCCACAGGACAUCAGGAAACAUCAGGCUGACCCCGCUGAAUCCCCUGAGUACACACCAACUCAGGACAGGCACUCUGCAGAACACACUCCUCCACAUGAGUUCAACGAAGAUCACUUUGAGGUGUCGCCUGGUCCUGCCUCUCCAGAACCAAACGCCAUCUAGCUGGAGCCCUAGUGAGCUCUAGUUGGUGUAUGGUGUCUUGUGUGCAUGUGUGAUUAAAAUCCCACCAUAAAUUCCACCAAAAUGCCACCACUGAAUGCACCAGUGGGGGAUGUAGCAAGUGAGACACGCUCAGAGGAGGUUGUGGUAUGAUUUAUCUCAUAACAUUAAAAUCCUUCAGCUUCAUUCAGUGGCUCAUGUAUAGUAUAAGUUUACACAGUAUACAAGUGGCUAUAGUGUUUUGGAGAUGUUGCACUGAGAAAUUGUUUCGAAUCAAUGUAAGUAUUACUAUGAUCUGAAUAAACACUAACAAUCAGGGCCCAGGAAGGCUGCGAAAGCAACUGCAUCUCUACCAAAUCAGACAAAUCAUCUUUAAAACCUAAAUAUCUCCGGCUUGCUCAACAUUUACAUUCUAUUGCAGCAGAUACACAUAUCUCUUUUCAGGUGUAGGCCUUGUAACUAAGCGUUGGAAAUGAGUGUGCUAAUUAUGGGAUGUCAGGUUGGAAGAAGCAGGGUGGAGUAAUUAUUGUUUAUAGAGUGUAAUGUUCUGUAACUGUUUGAAUGCUUGGAAUGCUACUGGCUUCGGCCUUCAAUAUAGCUUAAUUUAUGAACCAGGGUUGACGGUGGGUUUAGCUUCAAAUGGAGCACUUGUCAUAUAUUUUUCAGCUG